UUUUAGUGUUGUUAAAAUGUAUACAAAAGAAAUUUUGUUUUCAUUUUGUUUUGUUCUAAAUAAUAAUAAAAAAUAAAGAAGAUACACUUUAAUCAAAAGAAAGAAGGAAAAAUAUAGAACUUUUAGUAGUUAAUAAUAUAUGUUGUUGUUGAGCAUUGAUUAUAAAUCAAAUUAAAAGCGUUUUUGAAACUAUUCCAAUUAAAAAACAAGCAAAAUGAGUGUGCCAGACAGUAAUAGCUCAAAUUCUUUAACUAUGACUGGUGCCAACGAUACUCCUUCGUCGUCAACAGCAUCGGUCACAAAUGUUGCUGCAGGAGCUAGUGGUGGUGGUGUCAAUAAUACAGUAGCAAGUACAAAUUAUACACCAGCCACCUCAAAGCGUCAAUUGUCCAGAUUUCAUCCAUAUCAUGGUGCUAACAUAAUAUUGUGUGAUGACAAUACAGUGGCCUAUCGUAAGGCCAGCUUUGCCGAUGCGGUUACAUUUUCAGAGAAACCCCUGCAAAUGGGUGAAAUAUUUCUGGUGGAAAUUGAGAAAAAUGAACGUGGUUGGUCGGGCCAUAUGCGUUUGGGUCUAACGCAAUUGGUGCCAGAUGUGUUGGGUACAAUGGAAGAUGGUUUGCCACAAUUUGCUCUGCCCGACCUGGCUAAUCUUGGGACUUGUUGGAUUUACCCCAUAUCAAAAUUUGAAUCACAUGCUUUGGCACCACGUUCAAAUCCCGGCGACUUUGGUGGUGGCGGUGGAGGAGGUAGUAGUAGUGGCAGUGAUGGUGCCAAUGCCUCAACAAGUGACGGCCAAGCAAGUACAAGUUCGGCUAUUACCAAUAAAGGCACAAUUUUAGGUGACUCCAUGUAUGUACGUACACCUAGAGGCAUGAUACCGAAACGUUUAUUAAGACCCUCUGUGGCCGAUAUUAGUGGCAGCGGAGAUUGCAAUCCUGGAAUAUUGUUGACAGACAAAGGUUCACGCAUUGGUGUAGUAUUUGUGCCCACCGAAUAUGAUGAAACAAAAGGUGAAAUGCAUUUUAUAAUUAACGGUGUUGACCAAGGACCUUGCACUAAAGACAUACCGCUCGAUAAGGCACCCCUACAUGUAGUCAUAGAUGUCUAUGGUACCACAAAACAAAUAAGGAUAAUUCAGUUAUAUGGCAUUGUUUCCCUACAAAAUGCUUGCCGUGAUGCUAUAUUACUAAAUAUAAAGUCACAAAAUAUUGACAAACUACCAUUGCCAGAGCGUUUAAAGAAUUUCCUAAGAGGUCAGGAUUGAAAGUAAUCCGCCGGAAAAUAAAAUAAACAAUUGUUAAGUAUAAUUCUAUUAAAUAUUAGUAAAACACACAAAAAUAUUAAAUAUAUUUAUAAAAUUAAACUAUUAAAGGUUAAAAAAAGAAGAAAUUUAAAAUUUCCUUAUUAUUUAAAUAACAAUUUGAACUGCAAACAAUAACAAAUUCCUCCCAUCUUAAUAAAUCGCACAAUAUUAUUUAAAUAUUAAAACCCUAUUAUUAUAACC